CAUUUUAGUGCGGUUUGUGUCAUGUAAAGACGUACGUUCCGGUUCUAGCCCCGUUUCGUUUGAUCGGUUCCGCGGGACGUCGGUGUUUUCUCUCGACGGCGUCGCAAUGGAUAUGAGCAUCUAUUUGACGGCGCCCCUCCAAAUGGAUAAGAUCUGCAGGGCCUGUUUAUCCGAAAAAGGAGACAUGAGGCCCCUUUACGGGGCAUGUCUCGAUGAAAUGCUUGUUUCAUUCGCCUCCGUUCAGAUUAACCAAGAUGAUAAUUUACCUCAUUUAAUGUGUGUACAAUGCGUGUUACAAUGUAGCAGAGCUUACACAUUUAAGCAACAAUGCGAGAAAUCUGAUAACAUCUUAAGACAGUAUAUAAGUCCAGAAUUCCAGAAAAUUCUCAAUCAACACAUAGUAGAUCAAACGAAAGCAGAGCUUCAAGAACAAUUACAAUUUAGCGAUACAGUUGAACAAGUUAUGGUGGCUGAUAUCCCAGAAUUUAUAACAGCAGAAUACGUUGGUCCAGCUAGUUUAUUGGAAGUUAAACAAGAGGAUAACCAUGUGACUGAAUUCAUUCAUUCCGAAAUAGACGUUUUCCAAGAAGAAACAAUAGUAAAUGCAGAUCCAGAUGAAACUGAACCACAACAAGAACAACCCGAAAAAGAUAUACCUCAACCUUCCACUUCAUCAUCAAACUCACUUCGAUAUCAAUGUACGAAAUGUUCGGAAGCGUUCGCUUUAAAAGUCGACUUAAAAGUGCAUAUGAUGACUCAUCCGAAAGACUUAGAUCAUAUCUGUCAUGUUUGUAAUAAAGCGUUUCCGGAGGCGAGAGUUUUAAAGCGGCAUUUAAAAAUUCAUAUGGAGAAAAAACCUCAUAAAUGCGAUCAGUGUGAUAAAACGUUUGCGGAAAGUUCAAAUUUAAGUAAACAUAAAAAGAAACACACCGGUGAAUUGAGAAAUAUUAAAGGGAAGCCGCAUUUGUGUUCGGUUUGUGGGAGGGCGUUUAAAUGGGCUUCGAGUUUAUCGAAACACAUGAAAUAUCAUACGGGUCAUAAAUUGUUCACUUGCGAGUAUUGUAAUAAACAAUACGUUGAAGCGAGAAGUUUAAGGAUUCAUAUUCGGUCGCAUACAGGAGAAAGGCCGCACGUUUGCGGUGUGUGCCAAAAAAGUUUCACGCAACUUUGUAAUUUAGAGAAACAUAUUCGCGUUCAUACUGGUGAAAAACCAUAUUUAUGUCCGAUUUGUGGUAAAGGAUUUACUCAAUCGGGUUAUGUGAGUAUUCAUAUGAGAAUACAUACAGGAGAACGUCCGUAUAUUUGCUCAACGUGUGGAAAAGCGUUUGCAGGAUCAAAUACGCUGGCGAUUCACCAAAGAACUCACACAGGAGAAAAACCUUACACUUGUACAAUUUGCGAAAAAAGUUUUGGACGUAGAGAAACUUUGGUUAUUCAUACAAGAUCACACACUGGUCAUAAACCGCAUGUUUGCGGAAUGUGUAAUAAAGCGUUUACAAGUUCUGGGCAUUUAUCGACUCAUAUGAGGACACAUACAGGGGAGAAACCGCAUAGUUGCACGAUUUGCGGGAAAAGAUUCGCCGGGUCGAGUAGUUUGCAUAUGAGAACUCAUUUGGGGGAGAAAAGUUACAUUUGUAAAUUGUGCAAUAAGACGUUCGUUCAACAAAAUAAUUUACAACAACACAUGCUUACACAUACAGUUAUAACUAAACCCAAGUUACCAAAAGUCGAAACUGUGCAAGUUGCGGAAUUUGCCAUAAUUUUGUAGAUCCAUCAUUAAACCAACACAACAAAUCAUGUAAUCAAGAAGUAUGUUAAAAAAAUAAUUGAUAAAUUAAUUUAAGGAUUAGAAUGUAAAUUAAGUAGACUUGUUGCUAAAUUGGAUGAUAAGAGUAAAAGUUUUGUACAUCCAAAAGUUAUUAUAUUUUUGCAUUUUAUGUUGAUACAUUUAACAGUUUUGUUCAAACAAUGUACAUAAUUUAUUUAUAAAUUAUCUUGUUAGAACAGGUGUGAUAAAAUGAACAUAAUAUUA